GCCGAGGCCUGAAGAUGGCCGCCCUGGCAGAGUGGACGGAGCGGAGAGGAGGAACGGGUGUCCAGUGCUGAGUGCCUUCCCCAGCGGUGAUGUAACAGGUUCGGUGUCGGGCGGUUCGGAGCUGCCACCUCAGCAGCAGCAGCAGCAGCAGCAGGUCAACGCCUCUCUAGCGCCACCUGCCCCCUUCAGCUCCACGCCUGCUACUGCAACCAGCACUGCCAACACACACCCCAAUCCGUUAGCUGGCCCCUCCUUCAGCCUGGCCCCACCCCUCACAUGUUCGGGAACCGCCUGAACCCCAACUCCACCAUGGCAGCCCUCAUCGCGCAGUCUGAGAGCACAGAGCCGGAGCUGGGAGAUGGCACUCACGGCUUCCCCAGAAGAGGAGCGUCACCCAAAGCAACCCUCUCCCCACGGUCUCCUCCGGUAAGCGGGCUGCAUAUCCGCUAUGACCCGUCGUCAGGCUCGUUGGGUGCAGGGCCGGCUGACUCAGUGCUGCCCCCAGUGGCUACCAGUCUGCAGCAGCUGCUGGAGCGGCAGUGGAGCGAUGGACAGCAGUUCCUACUACAGCACGGGGCUCAGGGAGAUGUGGUGGGGAUGCUGAAGUCGCUGCACCAGUUGCAGCAGGAGAACCGGCGUCUGGAGGAGCAGAUCAAGAGCUUGACGAUGAGGAAGGAGCGUCUGCAGCUGCUCAGCGCCCAGCUGGCCGUGCCCUUCACCUCCAGCAGCACCGGCGCCUCGCCACACACACACACACACACACACACACACCCCAACCACGCACACGCAGAUCUGCUGAGCGGCAGCAGGAGCAUUCAGUUGGGAGGAGGUGUUCUUACAGAUCCCACCCACACUUCUCAGGACUCUCUCCCCGGUGGCCAUGGUAACAGCAGCAGUGGGGGCAGCACGUCGUCGCUCUCCACGCCCCCGUCUGUGUCCCACAGCCCCCCCCAGCCGCAGGUCAACGGCGCCAUGGUGCCCCCCUCGGCGGGCAUGCUGGGGGUUGGCAUGGGGACGGGCGCGGGGGUGCCGGUGGGUCUGAUGGGCGCGCUGCAGGGCGGAGGGGGCGGCGGCAUCAUGAGCGGCAUCGUGGGCGCCCUCAACGGCGUCAUCCACGCCUCACCCGCCCUCGGCCAGACCGCCAGCCCCCUCCAGCAGCACGCCAACGCCAACGCCGCCUCCGUCGUCACCAGCGGAGCCGUGCCCAUCAGCAGCAGUGUCGCACGUCAGGGCCAGAUCACUGAGCAGCAGAGGCAGUUCCUUCUACAGCAGCAGCAGCAGAUCCAACAUCUCCUCACCUCACCACAGACCACUCAGCAGCAGCAGCAAGCCCUGCUCUAUCAGAUCAUGCAGCAGCAGCAUCAGCACCAGCAGCAUCAACAACAUCAACAACACCAACAGCAUCAACAACAUCAACAGCAUCAACAUCAACAACAUCAACAACAUCAGCACCAGCAUCAGCAUCACCAGCAGCAUCAGCAUCAUCAGGACCUCCAGCAGAUGCAGCAGCAGCAGCUCUCCUCUUCCUCCUCCUCCUCCUCCUCCUCCAUUCAGCUGCACCCCCUCGGAGGCCUGCUGCCCUCCGCAACCUCCGCCCAGGGGUCCCCCCUCUCCUCCAACCCCUUCCUGGCCAUGCACUCCGACCCUGCUGCAGCGGCCGCCUCCGCGCAGAAGAACGCCAGGUUAUCAGAGAAGGCGGUGGCGGUGUCGGGGCAGGAGAAGACUUGACGUGCAUGGGCUGUGUUCUGCCUGUAGGACAGCACUCACCACACCAACCUCUCUCUCUCUCAGGGGCCUCGCCGGAUCCGCACAGAACCAAGACGGACUAUAUCCUCAUCAAACCCCACACCACCCUCACCGCACCCCACACCACCCCACCGCACCCCACACCCCACACCACCCUCACCAAACCCCACACCACCCUCACUGUACACCACACCACCCUUACCCCACACCACACCACCCUCACCGCACAGACUUCAGCUGCACAAAAACACACCACCCCACCCCACCCUCUCCCACAACACACCACCCUCUCCCACAACACACCACCCCACCACCAGGCGUUCCAUGCGACGCCAACACGCUCAUGGCACACGCUGGAGAUAACAGCACUGGACUGGGCGUUGGAGAUAACAGCACUGGACUGGGCGUUGGAGUCGCUCGCUUCGGGGGAAAAAAACUGGGUCUGGAUGCCGGAGAGAAGCAGACUGGCUGAACGCUCGCGCUGCGCUGCGGACACAGGAAGUGACACGGGUCCAGGGAGGGUGGUGCUAGGGCUGCUAUUGGCUGGAGACGGUGCUGGUGGGGAGGGGCCAUCAGGUCACACUUCUGGUCGUGGGAUCAAUCGUACUGUUCUCUCGUUUCUUCUCUCUUCUCCUUUUUCCCGUUUUAAUUGUGUUCUUUUUUUUUUAUUAUUUCGAAAAGAACCUCUGACCACUGUUACCUCUCAGAGCCUGUCCUUUAACGCAGAGUUUUAACGAGCAUAGAGAAGCUGUAAUGUAAUACUAAUAUAUGCGGACGACACUUGGACUCCCGGUGAUGGUGAUGGUGAUGAUGGGGAAGCGCUGUUGUUGUUGAUGAUGUUGUUGUUGUUGUUGUUGUUGUUUUGUGGACGUGGGAAUCCUGAAGUGACCUUUCACGCGACUGCCUUCUGCCCGACCCCCGCUCGUCUCCAGCCACUCGAGGCAUUCCAAAGCUCCCUGACCUCUGACCUGCUGUGCCGCGCCGCAACGCAACUCUCCCUCUCGGAGCACCUACCUCUCUCUCUUUAUCUCUCUCUCGCGCGCUCCCACACACACACACACACGCAUACCUGGACCAGCAGCUACGAACCCAAACCCAAGUGCCUGGCGACCUCCACCUACACACCCCUACCCCCCCCAGCGUGACCAGUAGGCAGCAUAAACUAGGAACUUUUUGUCUGCUACCGUACUGAUUCACUCACUCACUCACUCACUCGUUCACUCUCUCACUCUCUCUCAGACUCCUCGUGUUUGAUUAUUAAUGAGUUGCUUAAAGAACUGUCCACUCUGACUACUUUGCAAAGCUAUUGUUUUGAUGUUUUGAGAUGCUACCCAGAAUAUCUGUGCUGCGAUUGAAAUAACAACUUUAUAUUGUCCUCCUUAUUUAUUUGCAAUUUGUUUUGCAUACAUCAGGCACAAGAAUACUAUAUUUUAGGAGGUAUCAGUUUGUUCUUCAAGCUUUUUUUAUAGUAUUGUACAAAAUACUUUUGACACUCAAGAACCUUUGGGAUCCUCUUGUAAAAGUUUUGAUUUAAAUAAAUUGUCCUGUAUUAGAAAUAUUGAAAUACUUGACAAUUAAAAAUGGAGGUUCUUAGUCUUGUACAUAGGGUAUUUUUCCUUUGUGUGUAAAGCUUGAGAACACAGCUUGCAAUCAUGGACAAGCUGUUGAAAGAUUUAGCUAGCCUAGUUUUACCUCGUUUUUGUACAUAUGUGUUGGUAUUCACCUAGUUGGUGUGAAGGAUUGUCAAUACAGAGUCAGUUCAUGUUUGUGUGUUUGAAAUAUGUCGACCAACAACAGGACCAGUGACUGGAAAGUGUUAAUUUAUUUUUUAUAUGUGCAGAGACAUUUUUUUUUAUGUUUUGCACCUUUUUCUCAAUGUCAUUUUAUAGAUCACCAUGGCCCUCGUAUUUCCAUACCAUCCUCAAUUUUGUACCGCAAAAUAUGCAAAUUCUCUUUUGUAUGUCUGAGCACCAAGAGAACAUUAUAGGUCCUAACUCUUUACUGAGAAAAAAGCAGAACAUCUUGAUAUGGUUGUGUACAUUGACUGUUUUAUUGAAUUAAAAUCAGUUCACAGCGUGUGUUGAAGUCCA